AUGAACUCUAUUGCUUCGUCUGUUACAGUUGCUAGGCAGGACUAUUGGGAAACUAUCUGUCCUCGUACUUAUGUCAACACCAACAUCAACUUCUCUCUGUUUAGUUAUUCUUCUGAGGUUACAAACCUGACCUUUUACCACGGGUGCAAUACAAGUGUCCCAGGGCUUACUUCUAGUUCCCAAGUUUGCAGUGCGAACAAUGGUAACAUCACUGUUUCGUAUGCCACACAAAGUCCCCCAAGUGAUCCAGUUGCUAAUGGCGCUUGUGAAAAUGGGGUCAUUGUUCCGGUUUUUAGAACAGCUGUUGUGGCUCUAGAGGCUAAUCAAAUGACUAUUGGCGAAGCAGUAGAUGGGGAAUCUGAAUUGGACUUGGAGAUUGAUGAUGAUCAAUGUAACCGUUGUGUGGAAUCAGGAGGGAAGUGUGGGCUUAACACUACUAAAGGUGGAUUCAGUUGCUUUUGCCAUUUGUAA